ACGAGCGUGACGAAUGCGCAUGCGCGGCCGGCGCGGGCUUUCCUGGAUGCGGGAGAGCAACAUCAAGGGACGGCAGCAACUGCUGGCCACGCGGCGCACCAGCAGCAUGCAGAAAGGGAGAAGGGACAGCUGAUGCGCGAGCGACGGCUGAGUUCGUACCAGAAAGUGCACGAGUUCUUAGUUCCUACUGCGUCGUUGGUAAAUCGGUACACGAAGGAGGACAGUGCGCGGGACCUCAGCAACUACAACUUGGUCAACCAAGAUCUCAAUCGGCAUAUGCUGCUCCGUCGAACCGUUCUGUGGGAUCAAAAUACCGGACCAACUGGACUGGAAGGUACGUUUGCACCCACGUCUCCGAACCGUUUCGUUCCGGGGGGCGACAGCGCCGCGCCUCGCGAGAUCCUGCUUACAAUCGAGGAAAUCGAAGCAAAGGAGCCAAUCAUUGAGGAAAGGACGCCUGCCGCGGAAGAAGAAGAACAAGGAGCACCCAACGGGAGCGCCGACGCCGCGAAUACAACAACUGCAGCGGAACAAGGCGGUGUUGAGCAGGCUCUCCCUCCACCGGAGGUCAAAAUCACGGCCCCGUCGGGUGCUCCUGCAGCUGCCACCGGAUCGCCCAGUGACACAAUUCCAGAGCAUGAAGCACUAGGAGGCGCGCCGGAGCCGACGGAGGGCAACAUCCAUGUUUUCAGUUGCGCCAUACUGGACUUCGAGCGCAGAAACGAAAGUCCGCUCCCCGUGACGCCUACUCACCCGGCUUCCGGCGGUCCGCCGAUCGCGCCCCGCUCGCUGCAGCGAAAGUUGAGCGUCGGUGCCAGUUCGGGGGAGCUCGUACAACUACAGAAGGGGGUCAUUCGCAGCCCGUCCGCACGUUUCGGCAACAAAAAUUCCGCAGGGGGGACCGGGGCCGGCCCCGCACCGCCCGACGGCGAAACCGUUGUGCAGCUGCUGUUCGACGGGAAAUCGCUGAUCCUGCAAGAUUUGGAAGGACGCGUGCUCGCGCGGGGCCUGGUGACCCCCGAGGGGGACGGCCAGCUGCACACGUUUUACCACUGGGUGCAGUGGAAAAACACGAUCGAGGACCCGGACACGCUGACCCAGGUGUACGGGGUGCGGAAAAGCGGGGACAUUGAGUUUCCGUGUCGCGCGGAAGUGGAGGAGGAAGCGGUGAUUUCCCGCGUCCACUCCGGCGUCUCCAGUAUGAUGGUGGCGCGGACGAUCGCAGCAAACUUUUACUUUUUGUGCUACCUGUUUCUCACUGGUCUCCUCGUCCUGCCCUUUCUGGUCCGCAGCCUCUCCUUCAAAGCCGAUGCGGAGUUCCAGCUGUUGCGCAGACAGUGGGCGGCCAAGCGGGACACGCUCCUGCGGUCGAGCGGCGUGAUGAAUGGAUCUUCGAGGUUGCUGGUGGACAAGCACUCUGUUGUACAACCGAAAGGAAGCAAUAAGAUCUUGCUGCCGGAAAAUGCGCUCAGCGUGAAUUCCAUCCCCAACAGCCUAGUCGACCAGCCGCGAGCGAGAUUGCAAUCCGAGGACGGAGGGGCCUCCCUGCUGAAUUGGCGGAACAGGAAAACGCAGAGCGCAACCUCAAAAUCUGCGCUGCGACGGGUGACACUGAAGCACAGAAAGACGAUGACGCGGUUUGCGUGGCGCGAGCAAGAUGCGAUGCAGGAGCAACUUCGGCGGGUCUGGUGGUGGAGCCAGAUGCUGCUGGCGGUGAUGCACUGUGGGUUUGCGCUGCAGCGAUGGCGCAUACGCGACGCGUUUUUGCGCAACGAUCGAAACGACGACCCGAUUGUGGUUUCCCUGCCGGGGAUUCUGCACGGCGACGCGUCUUUCCUUGCCGAGCUGGGUCGCCAGAAAACCCAGGCGGAUGUGAAGGUGAUGAUCCUUCCAACCUGCAUUCCGAUCGGCCUCGACGCGCUCACGUCGUUGAUUGCUGCGGUCGGCGUUUUGGCGUUGAUUUUUCGCAUCGAAGACAGGGGCAUUUUGCGCAAGCAAAGUCCGGGGAAGGAGUUGGAAGCAAUAAGUCAAGCCGACGCUCGUGGUUUCUCGAGAAAAAUCACCGACGAGCGCAAGCAAUCUAGGUGGACCACUAAGGGACGGGAAACGCGCCGUGGACGGUUUACCACAAACAGUCCACGCGGGUCGCCGCAAAGCGGUGAGAACUUUGACAAUCGGGACGGCAGUCCAACCUCCUCUACAGAAGGGAAGGCUGUUGCUACCCCGUCGCGGCGCACCCGAAAGCGAGACACGACUGCUACGCCGACGAGAGGGAACGGACCGACGAAAUUCAUUUUGAAUGACCGAAAUAGAAAUACCCACCAGCAGGACAGAGAUAUGAGUUCGGACGAGAAGGAGGACGCCGUCGCGCCGCUCAUCCACUCUAGUUCGGCAGCUUCGUCCGCCGCGUCGUCGCUGUAUCAGCUGGGUCGUGCCGGAGGGCUCCCGCAAGACUCCUCUCCGAUUACUACGCACGGUGCGAAAAGCCAGCACCCUUGCUGCACGGCGGGGACUACGUGCUUUGCGUGCCUGCAGAUGCUCGCGUUUUUCUCUGCCUUCAUGCUUCUCUUCUUUGCGGUGUGGAUGCCGCACAUUUUGGAGGCGGAAUUCGACGGGGGAACAAAGGAGGACCUCGAGGGGAACAACUAUGGCUCGCCACACGCGCUGCUCGCCAGCAUGGACUCCCUGCAGCUGCAAGGACGGCAGAGUCUUUCGCAGAGUCUGAUGACGGUUUUGUUAGGGGUGAAUCCUUACUACAAUUCCAACUUUAUCCAGUACGCAGACAUUAUUUCCUGGAAGCGGCGUUUUUUCAGCCGCGACUUCGCCGUCUGGCCGGCACUGGGACGGCAGGCUCCCACGUCCCCCACCCACCCGAGCGGGAGUCCGGACUCGGAACCCGCGGAAGUCGUGCGGAAGCCCCGCCGCAUUCCGACUUUCACCGGCGCGGACGACCCGCGGAAGACGCACCUGCUAUCGAACGAGAAGAAAUCUGAUCUGACCAAGAGCGCGCUCAAGGUUCCCGGCACAACGCCGCCGGCGUUGGGGCCGAGCCCCAAGUCGGUGAUGUUUGAUAGUGGCGAAGAGAGCGAGAUGUUGAGCGCAGAUGUGGAGAACGCGGAGGAAGCGUCGAUGGGCAAAUCCACGAGCACAUCGAAUACGACGGAGGUGGUGCGCACGCUGAGCGAGGGGCGCGUGCCGAGUCUCGGGGGUGCGCGCUUAGAGGAGUACCCCGGCAGGUCUGGGAAGCGCGCGUCGACCGGGCCGCAACUCGCUGCCUCGCUGGAGCAGCUGGAAAGCGGGGUAACAUCAAGGCCGCACUUCGGCCGCACCGGGUCUGCUCUUUCAGCGAGCGAGCCGAAUCUGAGCCAGCCUCAGGCGUUAAUGUUUCGGAAUCGGAAUGGCACCUCCUUCGGCGCAGCGCUCGGUCAACAUCUUCCGCGCGGACCGCGACCGAGCUCCUCCGCGCUGGCGCAGCCGCCGCUCCAGCCGACGUUGUCCCGGAGGAACUCGACGGCAACGCAGUUGUCCUUGCCCGGGGUGAAGAAUCGGAGUAAGCCGCUGCCGCCCAGGGACACGGUGCCCUACGCCGGCGCGUUCGUGAAUGCCGGACAGCUGGUUCCAGCGACCGGCGGGAAUUCCGUGUCGAAUCGCGCGGGAGGACGGCCCGCGCAGGGGAGCCACAGCAGCCGGCGCGACGGCACGCCGCUGACUAGUACGCGGCUGCUGCGCCGCUUGCGUCGCGUUGUCGUGGAAAACUUACGGGACGAGGAAAUGUUUUCUGCCGAUUUCUUUCUGCGACACCAGGCCAACGCGCAGGAAAGUUCCGGAUUGGCACAGCUGCUGAACGGGCUGCAGAGCUGGCUGCAAGUGCUGCACCAGCUGUACCGCAAAGUCUUGGGGUUGCCACCGUUAUCCUGGGUUUUGUUUCUGCUGUUCUCCGUGCGGGAUCAGGACGACCACCUGCAUCCUUCGGGGAGUCAAUCGUUGACGAUGUCCGAGAUCGCGUUGUUCAACCGCUUGCACCCGGAGUGCUCCAGUGCGGUGGCUUGCCGUGGCCCGGGGUUCGGCCUGCGCCAACGGGCCGGCAGCGGUGCGACGGGCGCGGGAACAGGCACCCACACACGGUGCAGUGCGGCCAGUGCGGCGGGCGGGGACUACACCUUUGACGUGCCUGCUGCCGAUCGGUCUGCCUUGACGCCGGUCUGCCCGACGGGAAGUAGUAACGCGGGGGACCUAGACCUGCGCACAAAGAUCGAACAAGCGAAUAAAGAUGUGAAUCUCGGUGAUGCUGAUGCCGCAACCACGGCUGGCGCAACUCGCGGCAACCCGUCGAGCUCAGGAGUCUGGGGCCUGUCAUUACCCAGCAUGCCGUGGUCUGGGUUCAGCCGCUCGAGUUCAUCUGCUGCUAAUGCAGCAACAGAAAACAAGCGAGACGCAGCCUGCAGUCCUGUCGUGGACGCGGGGUCUACUUCCGCAGAGGAGCAGGCGGGCAAGAGGAAAGAGAACAUGCUGGACGCAGCGGAGCUGUCAACCCCGCAGCUCGGAAAAGGGCCGGCGGAUACUGAAGCGCAACUACGCGGUUGUUCAAGCCAGCAAACAGGAGCCGUCCGAGGAGACAAUGUGGUUGGAGUACAACAACCUGGAGGUGGAGCUUCUGCGGCUGUAGACCACGAGGCUGAAGAAAGUAAAGAGCACUUCACGAGAACAGCGACCGAAGACGAAAAUUUUCUGCUCGACCAAUUCUAUGAGCCGUAUCCCGAUGCGGGUGCCAUGCUUUUCUUUCUGGACCGCAGCAUGGAGUUUUUGUUGCUCAUCAUUCUCGUGCUGUACGCUUUUGGGAAGGUGGUAAACGAGAAAUUCUGCUCCUGCUGCAGCUGCGGGCUCUAUCUCGGGUACUGUCUAUUGCUAGUCCAGAUAGCGUUUCUGGUGUAUGGGCUGCUCUGGCGGUUCUCUGUAUUGAUGUGAUAGUUUAGACGGUGUAAAUAAAAGAAGUACAGCAAAGACUUGGACAUUAUGCGCAUUGGAGUUGUUGAAGAAGUGGUCGAGCCACUUUCGUCACCGACGAUUUAGAAAUGAACUUCUUUCAUCUUUUUUGGCGGAGUGAGUCCUUCGCGAUGUAAAACGGUAAAUAAUAGCAGAAUGAGUGCGGAGGUUGUUGUCACAAAAGAGAAUACAGUCGAUUCAGCGGCAAAAUGAGAUGAGGCUUGCGUCGUGGUUAUUCAGAGUCGCAUGCGUUUUGAUCUUUUUUGCCGACUAAUUGAUUCACGAGAAAUUCGAGAAUACGCACAUUCAAAAUGACUGGGACAGCAAU